AUGAUAAGCUAUUACCCCCAAAAGAACGCAGGAUGCCAGGAAGGCCUCCUGUUAAAAGAAAAAGAGACCAAAUUGAAAAAAAAAACAAAGUAUUCAACUGUUUCGGGUAAAGGAAAAAUAAAGAAGUGCCACAACUGUUUACAAGAAGGGAACAAUGCUAGGACAUGCAAGAAUGAAAAGAUUGUGCCCCCUCCUAAGGAAAAGAAGCCUCCUGGUAGGCCUAAAAAACCACAUUCUGAUGAAACACCUUCAAAACGACCAAUUACAAGUGGUGGGAGAGGAGGAAGAGGACCAACUAGGGCAAAAGGUGGAAGAGGAUCAUCUGCAGGUACAAGUAGUGGAGGAGGAAGUUCACUUAUAGAUGAAAUGUUUGAUUCACCAAUGGAAAAUGAAGUUAUAAACAUGUUUGAUAAUUUUGAGGAAGAACUAUAUAGGGUUGAAAUGGAAAGGGGAGAAACGAAUUGGGAAGAUCAAUCUCAUGUGGUUGGCAGGAUAGCAAUUGAUGUACCUAUUAUCCGUGAAAAGCUUAAACCAAGAAAGCCAUCUGGAUAA